GCAUCAAACUAUUUGGUCUAGUCCUUUUUUUCUUGGAGAUAUAGAGUACAGCGGUUCAUUUACUUUCAAAGACUUUCUCAUCAUGAUACGCCUUGUUUGUCGCUUUCUAGUUGCUUUUUUGUUUAUCAAUCACUGCUUGGCAUAUACACAAGUAGAUGAUGUAUCCUAUGCAAAUAAUUACGUUUCCCGACUUGCCAAUUUUACAAGCAACUUCACCGUGAUAGGAACAUCUUUGGGUCAACCUUGGAUAUGUGGAUACUCUACCAACACUACCUUAUUAGGCAAGUGGAGUGGAGUAAAGAAUUGGACAUGGUCCUCUGAGGCUAAAAGCAACGGUGUUUCAAACAUUGCGGGGGCAACCGCCUUUAAUGCUCUAAAGAACAAAACAGUUUGUGUCCAAGGCGAUGGCAAUAGUCGACAGUUCUAUCAUGCUUUGGUCGAAAUUCUCUCCAACCACUCAAGUGCCAUUCCAGUGAACAAAAAUGGCAAUGAUUUUUGCAAUGCACCUUUUGCACAGUGUCCUCAAGAUACUUAUUACUUUGAUCUUGUAGACAAGUCGGACAAUCUGUCUGUCAAAUUAUAUUGGCGAUGGGCUCCAGAAUUUUCUGAUAUAGAAUGUCCCAUGAAAGUUCCUUCAGGUUUUACUCCUGGUUCCAAUUAUAGUUUUCCUAGUGGUCCUGAUACUUUAUCUUGUGAUAUCAAUAUCAUGGAUGCUGGACAAUGGGAAUUGUUUGAAAAGGAUGCCAAUGUUACGACUGCAGGUUAUUCUCAAGGCGUUAGCAACUUGAGCAAAUGCUUCUCUUCUGACAAGAGUGCCAAAUACUUUUGGAUAGCUGCAUAUGCAUUGACUCCUGAACAACUUCAGAUUCAUUUGCCUUAUAACAACACAGAUGUUGAACGUAUCAAUGAAGUGGCUACUCAAGGAUUGAACAGUACUGCUUGUGUAUUGAAUGGAUAUGACGUAACAGUAAAUGCCUUUAAUGACACGAAAGAAGCGACAACCGAUGGUAUCCAUUAUUUUGGAUGGAUCAACGAACAAGUAGUACAACUAUUUUUUAAUGCAGUAACGAAUAGUUCUGCUCCGACCGUUCCUUCGAGCAAUGUUUCUGUCACAUCACCCAACGUACAACUUGGACAAGUUCCAAACUUGAAUCCGUCCACAACAAACUCCUUUUUGCCUGUACAAACUAUUGUAACUGUUCCAUCAUCUUCAGCUACUAGUGCAUCAUCUGGUUUGAACUUUGGUGGUUCUUCUCAAGGUGGUGGUUCUGGAAUUCCACAGUUGUAAGGCGUGCUUGAUCGUCUUUGCCAGAUAUGAGAGAAACAACAGCAACUUGUGUCGACUCGUAGAAAAAUUGUUUCCAAGCAAACAAAACAAAAUCAUGUUGCAUGUUCUCAAUGGAGAACGACAAGAUUGCAUGUUUUAAAGGAAAUAAAGUUUAUUUGGUGUUGCAUCAUUUUUUUCUAAGAGUGAA